CCUCCGAUCCCCGCUCUCUCCCUCUCUCUCCCUCUUUCUCGCAUCAUCUUCUCCAUCAUCGUGGCUCGCUCGAGCAGACACCCACGCACCUCAUCUCUCUCCCUCUCCCUGCGCGUGAUGACCUCAACUUGGAUAGCUAGAUCGAUCACCACCGCCGCUGAUGAUCUGGGGAUGAUGCCCAUGCUCACCGGUCCUCCCUCCUCUCCGCCCCUAUUAUAUUUAGUGCUGCUAGCCCUACUGCUACCACUACAGUACUAGUACACCUCUCUCUCUCUCUCGGCUCGUGGCCAGCAGCAGCAGCAUCUCCCUCCCUUCUCUCUCUCUCUCCUCUUGCCAGCCAGCCCAGCCUUGUACUGCCGCCACUCCCAAUCCUAGCUCCCUUCUUCUUCUCCAUCCUCACCACCACCUCCUCCUCCUCCUCCUCCUCCCUUUUCUUUCCCCUUUUCCUCACACCCCUCUUUCCAGUUUGUGCUGUCUGCUGUGCCUCCAGCUACCUUUAAUUUCUCGCAUCUCCACCACUCGCCUAGCUUCAUGCGCGCUCAGCUCAUGGCCGCAGCCUCACCCGUCUUCCCCACCUCAAUUCCGCUGUAGUAGCACAAGCCUACUACUACUAGCGGCAAGGAGGACACGAGGCGCCGGGAAGGCGCGAGAUUAUUCUUCUGCCUUUCACGCACCAAGCCGGCAUGCAGCAGCCCGGCAUGCCGCCAUUCUCGCCUGCCGCCGGGACGCCGGUGGGGGUGGGCCAGAAAGCCUCCACGCCCGCGCCGGCUCCGCCGCCUAUCAGCAGCCGGCCACCGGAGGGACAGCAGCAGCAGCAGGUGGUGGACGAGCUCGGCGCCGGCGCCACGGCCUCUGCAGGAGGAGGCAGCAGCUUCGCGGACCACGAAGCAGGGAUGUCCGCGGGCGGCGACGAGGGCGACCGCGGCGGGCCGUCGGGCAACCGGUGGCCUCGGCAGGAGACGCUGGCGCUGCUCAAGAUCCGGUCGGAGAUGGACGCCGCGUUCCGGGAGGCCGCCCUCAAGGGACCCCUCUGGGAGCAAGUCUCCAGGAGGCUGGAGGCGAUGGGCUACAAGCGGAGCGCCAAGAAGUGCCGCGAGAAGUUCGAGAACGUCGACAAGUACUACAAGCGCACCAAGGACGGCCGCGCCGGCCGCGGCGACGGCAAGGCUUACCGCUUCUUCUCCGAGCUCGAGGCCCUCCACGGCGCUUCUUCCUCGCCGGCGCCGCACCCGCCGGCGUCCUCUCUCGCGGCGACACCUGUGGCUAUGGCGCCGCCGGCCACGCCGCUCGCCGUCCUGGGCGCGCCCGGCAUGGCGCCGGCCAUGCAUGCCGAGCCGCCGCCUCGUGUCGCCUCCGUGCCGCAGCCGGCGCCGCUGAUGAGCGGCACCACCACCGCGCCUGCAGCGGCGGCUACGGCCGCCGCAAGCGACGCGGCAUGCAUGAUGACGCCCGGUGACGUGAGCUUCUCCUCGGGCUCGGAUGGGGAGGACACGGAGGACACAGGCGACGGCGGGAAGCGGAAGCGGCAUGGCGGGGACGUCGGCGGCAGCGGCAGCAUCAAGAUGAUGCGGUUCUUCGAGGGCCUCAUGCGUCAGGUGAUGGAGCGGCAGGAGGAGAUGCAGCAGCGGUUCAUCGAGGCCAUCGAGAAGCGGGAGCAGGACCGGAUGAUCCGCGAGGAGGCGUGGAGGCGCCAGGAGGUGGCGCGCCUCGCCCGCGAGCAGGAUGCGCUCGCCCAGGAGCGCGCCAUGGCCGCGUCCCGCGACGCCGCCGUCGUCUCCUUCAUACAACGGGUCACUGGCCAGACCAUCCCGAUGCCCUCCGUCGCGCCGCCUGCCUUCAUCGGCGCGCUGACGCAUCCGCCCUUGCAGCCCACGCCGGUGGCUUCCGCUGCCCCGGCGCCGGCGCAGCACCAGCAACCGCCGUCAAUUCAGCUGUCGCCGAAGACGCACACAAUGCCGAAGCCCGCACAACCCCAACCACAGCAUCAGACGCCGCCGCCGGCGCAGCCGCAGAGCAAGGAGAUCAUCGUCCGUGCGCCGGCGGAGUCGCAAGACACGGCGGGGUCCGGAGGCGGCACGCCGUCGCCGUCGAGGUGGCCCAAGGCGGAGGUGCACGCGCUGAUCCAGCUGCGCACGGAGCUGGAGGCGCGGUACCAGGACUCGGGGCCCAAGGGCCCGCUGUGGGAAGACAUCUCAGCGGGGAUGCGGCGGCUGGGGUACAACCGGAGCGCCAAGCGUUGCAAGGAGAAGUGGGAAAACAUCAACAAGUACUUCAAGAAGGUGAAGGAGAGCGACAAGAAGCGGCCCGAGGACUCCAAGACCUGCCCCUACUACCACCAGCUCGACGCGCUCUACCGCAGCAAGGCGCUCGCCUCGUCCGGCGCCGGCGGAGUUGCCGCAGCGGCGGCUCCGCGUCCUGAUCAUCAGGCAGGUGUCACCGUGCUGGCCGCGGUGCCACUCUCCCAGACGGCGCCCCACGCCGAGCACGGGGGCAAGCAGGACUGUAGCAACGGGAACGGGAGCGGGUGCGCGGGCAGGGGCAGUUCGGACAAUGGCGGCAGCUCCGGGGGCAUGCAAACGCAGGCGAGCAACGGCAGGUUCUCCGUCGAAGGCGCCGGCGGCAAUGGCGCCGCGUCGAACAAGCUGCAACAAGGCAUCACCAUCACGAAGGAGACGGCGGCGACGGAGCCGAGGCCGCAGCCGGUGUCGAUGAACGACAGCUACGUGAACGACACCGUGGACAGCGACAGCAGCAUGGACGACGGCGACGAGGAGGACGAGUUCGACGACGACGACGAGGGCAACGUUGGCGGCGGCGGCGGCGGCAACAGCAAGAUGCAGUACGAGAUCCAGUUCCAGCGGCAGCAGCAGGGCCAGAGCAGCGUCGUCCGGCCGAACGCGAGCGGCGCCGCCGGGUCAUCUGGCCCCGGGCCGGCAGCAGCAACAAGUGGGUCGUUCCUGACCAUGGUCCAUCACUAGGACUUGCGGCCCUGCAUACACACAUACCAAAGCGCACAAUACGUGUCCUCGUCCUUGCACAGGUACGGUAAAAGUGGGCACCAUGAACAUCUACCGUCAAGUUAAAACUUUUACUCCUUUCAACCGAUCGAUCGAGAGCUCCAGAAUAAUUAUAUUCCGGCCGGCUAGCUGUUCAUCACCUGGAUCCUGCACAUACACAUGGAGGUAUACGCCAUGGAUAAACACGUACGUGAGAUUCACCGUACAUAUACAGAUGGUAUUGGUAUUGGGGGUGUACACUGUCGCGUAGAUACUGUGUGUUUUACUAGAUCUGCUAUAUACAGUUACGUUGUAUGGUACAAAAGCACAAGGACACUGUCUAGAGCUAGCUGAGGGAGAAUGUGCUCGUGCGGGAAUUUCUUUAUUUUUUUUUUGGGUAUACUUUUGGGCCUUUCUUUUUCUUUCCCCCUUUUAAGAAGAGUUACCGAACUGUCCAUUAUGUAAUUUAUAAAUUCCUUAUUACAUAUACUGUGGUUACAUUAAUGACUGUUAAACUAUAUGUACACUUAUUAGUUGGUAAAUGUAAAUUUCUUGAGGUUCUACAUGCA